GCCCCUGGGCCGGCCCUGCACCUCGCAAACUCUGCUGCCCUCCUCCCGCCCGGGCAAGGCCCGGGGGCCCUGGGCAGCCUCCAGGUGCAGCGGCCUCCCACGGGCUGCUCCCUUCCCGCUGCCCUGGGGCAUGUCUCUACUCACCAAUUAUGAGGGGCUUCGGCAUCAGAUCGAGAGGCUGGUGAGGGAAAAUGAGGAACUGAAGAAGCUGGUGCGGCUCAUUCGGGAGAAUCACGAGCUCAAGUCGGCAAUCAAGACGCAGGCGGGCGGCCUGGCCAUCAGCGGCUUCAGCAGCGGGCUUGGCGAGGUGGCAGCCGGCCCUCCUCCACACCAGGGUAACUGUGUCUUCCUGCCCCCGGCCCCAGCGGCAGCAAAUGAACCUGUCCUGGAAGAAGUGGGGAUUGUGGCACUGGCACCCCUGGCCGACAUGCUCAACAGCCCGCAGCCCAGCCCCGCGGCAGCCCCCAUCGUGAGCCCCCUGACAGGCCCUCUCAACGUGCUGCUGCCCUGCCCGGGGCCCGUCUCACAGAGCAGCCCACUCACCAACCUCCUGACUGGCCCCCUGAGCAGCCACCUGGCCAGCCCCGUGGCAGUGUCCCCGGCAGGCACACUGGCCAGCUCCCUGGGCCUGCCCUCCACCGGCCCCCUGACUCCCAGCAGCCCCCUGGCGGGCCCCACAGCUGCGUCUCUGAGCAGCCCCCUGCUGACCUCCACGGCUGCCCCUCCAGGUGUCUCUCAGAACCUUCUGGCCAACCCCAUGAGCAAUCUGGUGCUGUCGGAGCCCCCCAGGGUGCGGCUGGCAGAACCGCUCCAAGGAUGCCCCUCUGGACCCCAUCCCUCAGCUGCCGGGGGACCUGCUGCCACCAGCAAAGUCCCACAGUCCACUGAGCAACCCCAGCCAGCCCAGGAGCAGGAGCCCCUCAGCAUGACGUUUGUGGGCACACCCAUCCAGACCUCCACCCCUGUUGGUGCCCCGGGCACACCCGGCCCCGUAACAGCCUUCUCCUACGGCGCCUCAGACGCCCGGACCCAGCCUGGUGGCCCCCAGGGACCAGCGGUUCCUGCCUCUGUCCCCGCCUCCACUGCCUCCCCCAGCAUCGCAAUCCCCGCCCCUGCCCCCACUCCUGCCCCCCCAGCUGCCGCCAGCUACACUUCCUCAAGCACCCCCCACCUCUCCGCCCGGGCGCACCACUCCCCCAGCCGGCCCUCAGCCACCCCCCACUCCCCUCCACACAACCCCCACUCCCCACCUCGAACCUCGUCCUCCCCGGCCUCGGUCAGCGACACCCGAGGUCCGCGCCCAGAACCGUCUCGGAAGAGCAUCCUAGAGCUGGAGCGGAAGCUGGCCCAUCGGAAGAGCAGCAAGUUCCCUGACGGCCCCCGAGAGGCGAAGCACCUGGCCUGGGAGAGGCUGGUGGGGGAGAUCGCCUUCCAGCUGGACCGCAGGAUCCUGUCCGGGAUCUUCCCCGAGCGCGUGAGGCUCUACGGCUUCACCGUCUCCAACAUCCCGGAGAAGAUCAUCCAGGCCUCCCUGAACCCCAGUGACCACAAGCUGGAUGAGGAGCUGUGCCAGACACUCACACAGCGCUACGUCAGCAUCAUGAACCGCCUGCAGAGCCUGGGCUACAACGGGCGGGUGCACCCUGCACUGACCGAGCAGCUGGUGAACGCCUACGGCAUCCUGCGGGAGCGCCCUGAGCUGGCUGCGUCCGAGGGCGGCUCCUACACCGUGGAUUUCCUGCAGCGCGUGCUGGUGGAGACCGUGCACCCCAGCAUGCUGACCGACGCGAUGCUGCUGCUCUCCUGCCUCAGCCAGCUGGCACAUGACGAUGGCAAGCCCAUGUUCAUCUGGUGAUGCCGACACCCACAAGCCCCGACUCUCAGCCUGCCCCUCCGUGCACAGCCAUUAAAAUCCCCUCAGGGGGUUAAAAUCCAGCCACAGGAGACUCCUGGGGGAUGUUGCCUCCUCUGGGUGACUUGCCAGUG